AUGCCUCUCGCCACAGAGCUGACCCGGCGGCUGGGCAUCCGAGUGCCUGUCGUUCAGGGUGGCAUGAUGCACGUCGGCACGGCGGACCUGGCCUCGGCCGUCUCCAACGCCGGCGGCCUCGGCAUCAUCACGGCCCUCAUCUUCCCCUCGCCCGCCGAGCUGCGCGCCGAGAUCCAGCGCUGCCGGCGCCUGACGCGCAACCCCUUCGCCGUCAACCUGACCCUGCUGCCUUCCAUGGUCCCGCCCGACUACGGCGCCUACGCCCAGGCUGUCAUCGACGAGGGCAUCUCCAUUGUCGAGACGGCCGGCAACUCGCCCGGCCCCAUCAUCGCCCAGCUGAAGCGCGCCGGCAUCACCAUCCUGCACAAGUGCACCACCAUCCGCCACGCCCAGAGCGCCGUCAAGCUUGGCGUCGACUUUCUCAGCAUCGACGGCUUUGAGUGCGCAGGCCACGUCGGCGAGAGCGACAUCACAAACUUUAUUCUCCUCAGUCGCGCCCGCCAGUCCCUGAACGUUCCCUUCAUCGCCUCAGGCGGUUUCGCGGACGGCUGGGGCCUCGCCGCCGCCCUCUGCCUCGGCGCAUGCGGCAUCAACAUGGGCACCCGCUUCAUGUGCACUGUCGAGGCCCCCAUCCACCAACGCAUCAAGGACGAGAUUGUCGGCGCCCAGGAGACCGACACCACCCUUCUCCUCCGCCGUUGGCGCAACACCAGCCGCCUCUACAAGAACAAGGUCGCCCUCGAGGCCCUCCGCGUCGAGCGCGAGAGCACCACAGGCGAGUUUGCAGAGGUCGCGCCCCUCGUCAGCGGCAAGCGCGGCAAGGAGGUCUUUGUCAAUGGGGACCCCGAGCAUGGUGUAUGGACCACGGGCCAGGUCAUCGGGCUUAUUCACGAUAUCCCCACGUGCGACGUCUUGGUCAAGCGCAUCGAAAAGGAGGCCGAGUCGGCGCUGAAAGAGAGACUGUCUCUCAUACAGCCUGCGCCCAAGCUAUAG